AUGGCGCCGAAGAGAAGCAGAUGUGAUGAAGCCGACGCAUCUCCCACGUGGGUCAAGGAUAUGCUUGCGAAAUGGGAAGAAUAUUUAGAAAGGUUUGAUCGGAUUUUUGCGUUGUUGAUGAAGAUGCAGGAAACCCAGCAAUAUCUGUGCUCUACUGAAAAGGAAUUAGAUGCACGCGUCUCCAAUUUUGACAAAACUUUAAACGAUGCCGUUUAUAGCGCUCUUGCGAAAUUCAACUCGGAUUCCAGGAUAGUCAAAGAAAAGGAGUGCAGAAUUACCUGGGUCGGGAUCGAAGAGAAGGGGACACCGCAAGCGACCGCUGCGUUCGAUCGGGAAGCAAUAAAAGAAGUAAUUGAUGCAUCUGGGGAUGACGAGCUGGUCGCGGAAUGGACCAACCGCAGGAUCGACGUCCGUCGUUUCCCCGAGAGCCUUGCGAAGAAAGGCCGGACUUCUGAACCGCCAAGAAGGGAAACUCCUUUAUGUUGUACGGGAUUUGCGGAUACACAAAUUGAAAAAUCCGCGCGCACUGGCAAGUUCUGUUCUCCUUCACGGUCAGGUGUCAGCUACUCGCCCAGCUACGACCACCUUCAACCAACAGGACAGAGCCAAGAUGAGUCAGCGCCCUCUGCCCCUCGAAUGGAUCAAGGAACACGGGAUCGCCUUCAUCGCUAG